AUGUACAAGUUUCCUGCUAGUACAUUAGUGUCCCAUGCAAUCAUAUUGCAGCCUGUUAUUGUUCAGGCCAGUUUCAAGACCCAAAAGGACCUACUUGGUUGUCGUACAAAGGUACCCCGCAAUGUAAACAUGGAGAAAUUGCGGAAUGGCUAUUUGUUUCCUGAGAUUUCAAGGCUUGAGGUUCAACACAUUGAGAAGUUCCCAAAUGCAAAGUUGAUAAGCCUUGGGAUUGGUGAUACAACAGAACCAGUACCACAAAUCAUCACAUCAAGCAUGGCUAAUUAUGCACACGCCCUUUCAACUGUGGACGGUUAUACAGGAUAUGGCCCUGAGCAAGGCAACAAGGCAUUGCGGAAGGCAAUUGCAAAGGAAUUCUAUAAAGAUCUGCCCAUAAAAGACACAGAAGUUUUUGUAUCAGAUGGCGCACAGAGUGACAUUACUCGGCUUCAGCUACUGCUGGGUUCCAACGUGACGAUUGCUGUGCAGGAUCCAUCCUUUCCGGCUUACAUAGACUCAAGUGUCAUAAUAGGUCAGGCUGGUGUUGAAGAUGAAGCUGGGAGGUAUGGGAGAAUUGAAUACAUGAAAUGUGGACCCCACAAUAACUUCUUUCCUGACUUGGCAACCACUUCAAGAGCAGACAUUAUCUUUUUUUGCUCUCCAAACAACCCCACGGGUCAUGCAGCAACAAGGAAGCAAUUAGAACAACUUGUAAAUUUUGCAAGGGAGAAUGGAUCAAUUAUUAUCUUUGACUCUGCUUAUUCAUCUUAUAUAAAAGAUGGUAGCCCUCGAUCAAUUUAUGAAAUUCCUGGUGCUAGAGAGGUUGCCAUUGAAAUUUCAUCAUUCUCAAAAUUUGCUGGGUUCACCGGUGUCCGGCUAGGUUGGACAGUUGUUCCUGAGGAGGUCUUGUACUCAAAUGGGUUCCCUGUUAUACAUGACUUCAAUCGCAUUGUGUGCACUUGCUUCAAUGGGGCGUCCAAUAUUGCUCAAGCUGGUGGACUGGCAUGUCUUUCCUCAGAGGGUUUCCUGGCUGUGCGUUCUCUGGUUGACUACUACAUGGAGAAUGCAAAGAUAUUGGUUGAAACAUUUGCUUCUGUGGGUCUAAAAGUAUAUGGCGGCACAAAUGCUCCCUAUAUUUGGGUGCAUUUUCCAGGCUCAAAUUCUUGGGAUGUAUGCACCAAAGUUCUUGAGAAAGCACACAUAAUUACAAUUCCAGGCUCUGGUUUUGGUCCAUCUGGUGAGGAGUUCCUGAGAAUUAGUGCUUUUGGCCACAGAGAGUCUAUUCUGGAGGCCUCAUCUAGGCUUAAAUCCCUAUUUCUAUAAGAAGCACAGUUAGCAUGGCUAAAUCAGAUGAGCUUGGGUUGGCCCAACUUUACAGUUUGAUAUCUCAGAACAUCGUUGGCUUGUAAUAAAUAUACUUUUGUCAUUGGCUUUUCCUUUCUUUUUCACGUACACGACCAAAACAAAGAUACCUUCUUCGUGAUGACAAGUCGAUAUUUUAAAUUAUUCUAAAUUUCUUUGAGGGGUAUUCGAACACAGUGCCGUGCAAGGGGCAAACACAGUGCCGUGCCCAACUAAUCUAACUAGUUCUGCAACCAAAAAUUGCUCAGGAUCCCUCCUGGCCAACAUCCCAUUCUCAGUAGAAAUGCAUCAAUAUCUGAUGUACCACCAUCAAACAUAAAGAAAAUACUAAAAAUGUGUAUUUAAUGUAACCUAGAGAUAAUUGAGCUAACUACGAAAUAAAUUCAAAAACAACAUGAUAGAACGGAAAAGGAAAUAGAUUGAGACAACCGGCCUUAUACUAUGAAUAUGGAGAGAGUACGCUAUAUCCUGAACCUUAUAAUUUUGCUUACAUCCAGUAAAGAGCUAUCACAGUGAGUUGAUGCUAAUUUCACACUUUGAAAGGAUAAAAAGGGUAAGAAAAACUUACAGCAAUCAUAUCAACCAACACUUUCCGUGUUGAGCUGUACUCACAAUAUUAAGAGAAGUGCAAUCAUCAAAUA